AUGUGGAAGUGUUUGAGGGAAAAAAAUAUAACCCUUCUCGACCGCCUUCAUCGGAAGCGUAAUGCGAACCCUGCCCUAGUUACAGAGGAGGUGAUGGUUCCGGACUCUCCGACUCAGUUAGAAUCCAACAUGGAUUCUACUCUAGAGGUUUCUCAGUCAGAGAGCUCUAAAUCUAUUCCCCCUAACCUUCGCUCCAAAGGUGUGAAAUUGGAUUUUGAUUGUGACAAACCUUCCUCGGUCUCUAAAAGAGAUUCCUCGAAAGGGUUCAUCUUAAAGAGGCGCUCUGAAAGUGUUCAAUAUGAUCAUCUCAUCAAAAUGCCUCCUCCCAAACGGAAACGUUCUAGUCAUGAAUCAAGAAGCUGA